AUAUACCAUAAGUAUCUCCGGCUGGUCAAUGUGUGUACUGCAAGAGAGGUUGUAAAAAAGACAACAAUGGUGAUAUAUGGUGUUUACAUUGUAUCAAAAUCUGGUGGUUUAAUUUUUAAUCACGAUCACAAUGUUCCAAAAAUUGAAAUCGAAAAGUCUUUUAACUUUCCACUCGAUAUUAAAUUAAGUUAUGAAAACAAGAAAGUGGUGGUAGCUUUUGGACAAAGAGAUGGAAUAAAUGUGGGACAUGUAUUGACAUCUGUAAAUGGAGUUGCAGUCACUGGACGUGAACUUGAGAAUGGGAAAGAUGUUUUGGAAAUGUUGGAGCAAUCAGGAAAUUUUCCUCUAACAUUGAAAUUCAGUCGAGCAAAAAUGACAACAAAUGAAAAGAUAUUCCUAGCUUCGAUGUUUUAUCCAUUAUUUGCCAUAGCGAGCCAAUUAAGUCCAGAACCACGAAGUUCUGGAAUUGAAGUUCUUGAAGCUGAUACAUUUCGUUUAUAUUGUUUCCAAACGUUAACAGGCAUUAAGUUUAUGAUAGUAGCAGAGCCGUCGCAACAAGGCAUGGAAAUCUUAUUAAAGAGAGUAUAUGAUUUGUAUGCAGAUUAUGCAUUAAAAAAUCCAUUUUAUGCAUUGGAAAUGCCUAUUCGAUGUGAAUUAUUUGAAACUAAUCUACAAACAUUGUUGGAAACAGUUGAAAAAUCUGGAAUAAGCAAUGUUUAAUGUAUAAUAUAUACAAGUGGGUGUGUGUGUGUGUGUGUGUAUAUAUAUGAAUGUUAACAAAUUUAAA